CUCAGUGAGUUUUAUGGCUAAAUAUGACCUAGUCGUCUUUGGUCCUGGAUUAAGUACCAAAAGUUAAAUUCCAGCUUUUCCUUAAAGAGGUGGAAGUUUUAUUCAGAAGUCUUAUGAACACAGAAGAAAGUUCUUCCAUUCAGAAUUGUGGGACUAGGUUUCUUGCUAACAAUAUGAAAAGCUCGGGAAAGAAAAAAAGGGUUAAAAUGCCCGCGAGGAGACUUCGUGAGGUCCUUUCUCCGAAUCAGGAAGACAAUUUGGCUUUGUGGAAAGAUGAGUUGCCCCGUGUUUCUGCAGUGUUGUCUGCAAAUAAACCUCCUCCUGUUCGAAAGGGAAAUAACAUGAAUGGAACAUUGCAUGGUUCUUCGGAUAUAACUUCUUCUAGAAAUUAUCACAAGCCUCCGUUAGAAAAUUCUGCUAUAUCAGAAAGCGAUUUUUCUAAAGAUGUUGUAGUGCAGAGGUUACCUUUGGAUAAAACAGAAGAGAGCAACAGACAAAACGCAAAUGAUAUCUGUAUUUCUCAGUAUACCAUGGGACAGAAGGAUGCUCUAAGAACAGUUUUAAAGCAAAAAGCGCAAAGCAUGCCUAUCUUUAAGGAAGUAAAGGUACAUCUUUUAGAAGAUGCUGGCACAGAAGAGAAUACUGUUACACAGGAGGCCAGAACUUCACCCAGUGCCAUUGAUUCUGCUACAACUGUAGCUGCAGCAACUGCUGCUGCCAUUGCAACAGCAGCUCCACUGAUAAAGGUGCAGAGUGAUUUGGAAGCAAAAGUUAAUUCUGUUACAGAAUUACUUAAUAAGUUACAGGAGACCGAUAAACACUUACAACGUGUUACAGAACAGCAAGCAAGCAUUCAGAAUAAAGAAGAGAAAUUGCAUUGUCACGAUCAUGAGAAGCGAAUGAAUGUAUUUAUGGAGCAGCAAAUUAAGCAUCUUGAAAAAUUACAACAGCAACAAAUAGAUAUUCAGACUCAUUUUAUUAGUGCUGCACUAAAGACUAAUAGUUUUCAGCCUGGUAGCGUGCUUCCUUCCAGAGCAGUGGAAAAGUAUUCUGUAAAACCAGAACAUCCUCAUCUUGGUAGCAGCAAUCUGUCUUCACAUCAUAUAUAUACUUCCAAACAAGAGUUUGAAGAUAUGGAUUUUAAUGAACAAAAAUCUCCUUUGGAGACACCAGCACCUCGCAGGUUUGCUCCUGUACCUGUUUCAAGAGAUGAUGAAAUGUCAAAGAAGGAAAAUCCCAUAGAAGAAAAAGAAAACAUGGAAAUGUUAGGUCAGAGAGGAAAUGUAAAACUGUUGGAACAGAUUUUGAAUAAUAAUGAUUCUUUGAUAAAAAAAAGUGAAUUGUUAGACAUAACCUCACUAACUAGGCCGACAGUGGAAUGGAAACUUGAGGAAAAAAACAGCAUUGGAACUCUUCCUUCUCAAAGAUUUCCAUCCUGUGAAGAUCUAGGCACAUCUAAAAUGACUAUGCACAAGUCUAAUGAUGUUCUUCAUGAUCGUGGCCAAAAGAAGAAAGAAACAAAUGACAUGCUCCAGAAAGACUUGCCAAUUAUGAUGAGGCUUGCUGAUCUUCCACAGAAUUCUGUUAAGCUUCAAACAGCCAAUACAACAAGAUCUGUAUUGAAAGAUGCUGAGAAGAUUUUGAGAGGAGUACAAAACAAUAAAAAAGUACUUGAAGAAAACCUAGAAGCCAUUAUUCGUGCAAAAGAUGGAGCUGCUAUGUACUCAUUUAUCAAUGCUUUAUCCACAAAUAGAGAGAUAUCAGAGAAAAUUAGGAUCAAAAAGAUAGUAGAUGAAUGGAUUAAAACUAUUUCGGCAGAAAUUCAGGAUGAAUUGGCAAGAAAAGAUUAUGAAAAAAAGAGAUCUGAUCUUAAGAAUCAAAGGACCAAGAAAGCUCAGAAUAUGAGUAAAGAUACUAAAACCAACACAAAAGACAAAACUGUGAACAGGCCUAUAAUUCCAAGACAGCAUUCUCAAAAACAAAUAGAGGAACAUUUUAGAAGUCCACCUAUGAGGAGGAGCAUGCCUGCUUCAGGUGUACAGAAAGAAAGAAAAGAAGGGCAUUUAAAAUCAACCACAGUGAUACAAGAUGAUGAUUAUAUGUUACAAAUAUAUGGAAAACCUGUUUAUCAGGGUCAUCGCAGCACUCUUAAAAAAGGACCAUAUCUCAGAUUUAAUUCUCCAUCUCCUAAGUCCAAACCGCAGAGACCAAAAGUAAUAGAACGAGUUAAAGGCACUAAAGUAAAAUCAAUAAGAACACAAACUGACUUUUAUGCAACAAAAUCUAUGAAGAUGGAUUCUAAGAUACAACAUCCCAUUACUACAGCACCUCAUGGUGAUCAGCAAUAUUUGUUCAGCCCAAGCAGAGAAAUGCCUACUCUUUCAGGUACACUGGAAGGUCAUCUAAUUCCUAUGGCAAUUCUUUUAGGACAAACCCAAAGUAAUAGUGAUUCCAUGAGGCCUACUGGAGUAAUGGCAAACAAGCCACACCCUAUAACUGUGACAACUUCUAUUCCUCCAUCAUUUCGAAAAGCAGAAACUGGGAUAAAGAAACCCAACAUAGCAGUUGUGGAAAUGAAGUCAGAAAAAAAAGAUCCUCCUCAACUUUCUGUACAGGUAUUACCCAGUGUAGACAUUGACAGCAUUUCAAAUGGUAGUGUUGAUGGUGGUUCAUCUCUGUCAAGUCCCAAAGAAGCCUCUCUUCCUCAGCUGCAGACUUGGAUUCAGAUUCCACAAUUUAUGAAGGUAGAUGAAGAGGAUGAGAAGUUUCCAGGGAGUAACUUUGAUGAAGUAAUCGAUGUUAUACAGGAAGAGGAAAAAUGUGAUGAAAUCCCAGAAAGCUCUGAACCAUUACUAGAAUUUAACAGAAGUGUUCAAGUUGCUUCUACAAAGUAUAAUGGUCCUCCAUUUCCACCAGUUGUUUCUACUUUUCAGCCCACUACUGAAAUUCUGGAUAAAGUAAUUGAGAGAAAAGAAACAUUGGAAAAUAGCUUAAUUCAGUGGGUAGAACAAGAAAUAAUGUCAAGGAUUAUCUCUGAGCUCUAUCCAAUCCAGCAGCAGGCCAGACUUAAUGCCAGUGUUUCAUUCAGUGAGGCAAGUGAACCAAUGACCUCUGACAUUGUGGAAGGAACAAGCUAUGGUGCUCUCCAGCUCUUUGUUGAUGCAGGGGUUCCUGUGAAUUCGGACAUGAUUAGCCAUUUUGUGAAUGAAGCUCUGGCUGAGACCAUUGCUGUCUUGCUGGGUGACAGAGAAACAAAGAAGCAAGAUCCUGUGGCUACAAGUGUUUCUGGUGAUGUUUUAUCAAAGGAAACAUGUUUUCUGGCAAGAGUGUGUACCCCUGUGGCUACUCCACAGCCUACUCCUCCUCGCUCACCUUCAUCACCUCCUAAGGACCGGGUGUUAGUGAAAACUCCAGAUUCUUCUCCCUGUGAUUCAGAUCAUGAUGGGGCUUUUUCUGUAAAAGACGUAUUUCCUGAAAAAGGACAUGAUAUGCCUGCCAUGACACUUGUGAAUACUCCAGCAAUUACCCCUGCUCCUUCGCCUCCUCCAGCAGCUGCAGCUGCUCUUACCCCAACUUUGUCAGAGAUUUCCAUUGAUAAAUUGAAGAUAUCAAGCCCAGAGCUUCCCAAGCCAUGGGGGGAUGGAGACCUGCCACUGGAUGAGGAGAAUCCUAACUCUCUAUUAGAAGGAUUUGUUCACCCAAGGGCUAUUGUAAUGUCUGUAGCUAAAGAUGAAGAACCUGAGAGUAUGGAUUUCCCUGCCCAGCCUGCGCCUCCAGAGCCAGUUCCCCUUACACCAUUUCCUGCAGGCACCAAGGCUCCUUCUCCCUUACAGAUGCCAAGUUCUGGUUCCUCAACACUGGAGAGCACUUUGAGCAUUACUGUCACUGAAACAGAAACUUUAGAUAGACCCAUCUCUGAAGGAGAGGUUUUAUUUAGCUGUGGUCAAAAAUUGGCUCCCAAGAUUUUAGGAGCUGGAGAAAUAUAUCUGACACACCUAAAUGAUAGCUUAUCUAGCACUUUGCAAGAUGCUCUUGAAAUGGAAGAUGAUCCUCCCAGUGAAGGACAGGUGAUUAGAAUGCCCCAUAAAAAGCUUCAUGCAGAUGCAAUUCUUUCUCUCCUUACUAAACAAAAUCAAGAAUUAUUAGUUUCACAGCAAUCAGUCUAUCACUCAGAGGACUUGGAACACAGUGUCGGUGAACUCAGUGAAGGACAAAGGCCCAAGCUGACAGCAGCAGCAGAAAAGGUCCUGAAGGGACAGUCUCUGUUUAUGCAACAGCCUGUUGCUAACGCAGAGUCUGUGGAUCAGCCAUGUGAUCCAAAGCCAUUUUUUCAGCAAUUUGACACAGUUUCAGGUGGUAUUUAUGAAGAUUCAUGUGCUAGUCAUGGUCCAAUGAGUUUGGGAGAGCUGGAGUUGCAGCCAAAUACUAACCUCGUCCUUCCCACAACACUUUUGACAACACAAAAAAAUGAUGUUAAUUUACAGGAGGCAGCUGAAGAUUUUUCUCAGUACCAACAAAAACAGGAUGAGGAUGUUAAAGAAGUUGAACACAAGCCAGUAAAAAGUCGUUUAAUACAUGUGAGAAGUAAAUCUGAUAUUACACUUUCACCACAAGGUGAUAUGGAUCGAACACAAAUUGAGCCCAAUCUGUACCUUGCAUCUGUAUUUACAAGUGGUGAGGCAGUGCCACUCUUCACUCCUCAGAUGUCGCCUGCUAAGAUGUCCGUGACGCUGCCCUCGAUGAAACCUGAGGAUUGCUCUCAAUCCCUGAGCGUCAGCACCAUACAGGGGGAUGUGGAGUCCUCAGGGGCAGAUACCUUCUGAGUGGGGAGUGAGAACCAGCAUAUUUAUGAAGACAUUUCACUUUGGCUUAAAACUAGCCCCCUCAAGCUGUUUUGGUCUUUGAGCAUAUUCUGAAAAAACAUUUCUAAUUUUUUUUUAUUCAGAUGAAAAGUACAAUUUUGGUAUUUAGAUAAAGUUUUUGAAUAAAAUAAAUAUAAAUCAU